AUGGACCUCGCAACAGUCAAAGCCAAAGUCAAGUCAUGGGAGAGGGCAUUUCGUGCAGAACAUGCACGUGAGCCGACCAAGGAAGAUGUAAAGAGGGAUCCCACCGACAUCGGGACGGCGUCCAGCAGAGAAGUCACCAAGUCCAAGCCCAAACGCUGUACUGAUGCCGUCGAUAAGCCCGCGCCGGCGAACGACUUUGCGACUCCUAGCAAGUCACGUACCAACUCCGCUCUCCAUCUUAGUCCCACCACACCGACUCCGCGUCGAUUAUUCGGCAACGCCGAUGCAGGACCGUCGAAGCGUGCAGCGGCUCCCGUGACACCAGGAAGAGACCACAAGCGACAGAAGUCUGGAUACACUGGCCCUGUCCAGGACCCGAACCCUUUCCGGACCCCUCAGAAAGCGCCACUACCUGCAGCAUCACCUUUCAGCGUGAAGAUCGAUACCGAGUCCCAGUUCAUUCACGCCGGAUCCCCACGUCGGCUUCGUGAGGUCUUGGAGGCGAACUCACUCAAGAAGACGCGUGAAAGGGAUGAGACGCCACGAACGAAAGCUCGCAAGCGGUUGGCCGGGGAGAUGGACGACUCGCCUUUCCGUGUCCGUAAGAGACGCGGGGAGGGUAGGAAGGCUGCUUCUGCUGCAGAGGACAAGGAGAACGGUGCGGGUCCCGAUGCUGGUGACGACGACGAUGACGAUGAAAUUGGAGAGACUCCGAUCAAGGGUGCAGCCUUUAGCCUUCUGGACGAUGCGACAUCAAAGCCGAGAGACCUGCUGCCGAUCUUCCAGAAAGCUAGGACCGUUGCCGCAGUUUCUACAAGGCCGACACCCCGCCGGCCGUCGCCAUCCCCUGCCCCACCGGACAGAGACUUGGAGAGCCCAACGCCAGGCGUUUCUGCUCCUGCCGACGAUUCCGACCCUGCGCCUCAACCCGAAUCUUCCCCGGGGCAUGCGCACGGUACCCAAACAGCAUCCCCCAGGUCCACUCGUGCUCGAGGUCGCGUCGUCGUUCUGGGAGAGGAAGACGAGUGGGACCCAGAAUCUGAUAGGCGUGUCGUCAAGAUCACGGGGACUCGACGUCCAACUGUCCGCGGGCCUUGGAGUGACGACGAGUUUGGAGACCACCCUGGCUUGUCACAAGUGGAUGACGAAGACGAGGAAGCUGAAGACGACGGACCCUGGGACGACGAUGACGACGGACUCGCCGAGACGCGAUCACUGGCUUCCCUCAGCCUCAGGUCGCCGGCUAUGCGCAAGGGCGAGAGGUUGGCUGACCUUCGCGUGCGGGCUCUCCUGGAUCCGACAUCGGCGGCGGCCACCGCUCUGAGAGCUCUGAACAAGGGUCAGGAUGUGUACGUGUCAGGCGAAGGCGUUGUUGGAGACGACGAAGAGAACAUUGAAGGCAUCAUAGAGAUUGGGGAGGGCGACGACGACUGGGAGAGCGACCCGGAGGGGUGGAAGGCUGUUGUCAGCGAAGAGGAGUGGUAA